AUGAACAUUUUUAGAUUCUUUGGUGAUCUUUCACAUCUAGCAAGUCGAUUCAUACUAUUAUACGCAAUUGAAUCAAAUAGAUCAAUUAAUGGUCUUUCUUUAAAAACACAAGCAUUAUACGUUAUUGUUUUUGUUACUAGGUACCUUGAUUUAUUCACCAAAUACUAUUCCCUUUAUAACACAUUGUUGAAAAUUGUCUUCAUUGCCAGUUCGAUAUACACUGUGUACGUUAUGGUUUACAAGUAUCAGAAAACUAUUCAAAACCAUGUUGAUACAUUUCCUGUUCGGUAUUUAAUUGGUGGUGCUGCCGUUGCCAGUUUGAUUUUCACUCACAAGUAUACUUUUGGUGAAGUUGUUUGGAGUUUUAGUUUAUGGUUGGAAGCAGUAUCAAUUUUACCCCAAUUGUUUAUAUUGCAAAGAACUGGAGAAGCAGAAAAUAUCACUACUCAUUAUAUUUUUGCGUUGGGUAUUUAUCGAGCCUUAUAUAUACCAAAUUGGAUUUAUAGAUAUUUUGCUGAAGGUCAUUUCGAUUAUGUUUCUGUGCUUGCUGGAAUUUUACAAACGGCUGUUUAUUCGGACUUUUUCUACAUUUACUAUACCAAAGUGAUGAAGGGGAAGAAGUUUGAAUUGCCUGUAUAG